AUGAAAUACCCAAACAUCAAUCACACGCACAACAUGUCAGGUAAAACCGAGCCCUCCACGCUCCUCUUCGACGUGCCGCCGGUGCUCAUGGAGAACUUCUGUAGGCUGAUGGACAGCGGGGUCGACGGGCUGGGAUGGAGAAGUUUAGCUUCUCGCAUCCUUACCAGUCAGCUGGAGGUGAGAUGUAUUGAAAUGUACGCAGUUGCUGGGAAAAGUCCAACAAAGGAGCUGAUGUGGUCGUGGGCCCAGCAAAAUAAAACUGUAGAGGAUCUGCUGAAGAUUCUGGAUGAGAUGGGUCACGCUCGAGCCAGGAGUCUUUUUCAAUCGCAAGAUUCAUGUGUGCUGAAGUCAUCUUCACCACCUCACUAUCCCACGUAUCUGCGAAGUACUGGGAAAAUGUGUCAAGUAUCAGAUCUUCAUGCAGAGUCUGUUUCUGUUAAAGGUGAAAAACAGAAGUGUUUCAUCACAUAUUCUGACGUCAUUGAGGGAACCAGGCAUUUCCACCAGGACUUAAAAAUCGGAGGCGGUGGAUUUACUGAGGUCUACUGUGGACGAUGGGGAAACAGAUCUUUUGCUGUGAAAGUUUUCAAACAGGAAAAUAAAACUGACUGGAAGGCACUGUGGGAAAAAUUCACCAAAGAAAUUGAAGUUCUACAACUCAACCAGCAUCCUAACAUCUUAGAGUUAUGGGGCAGCUUUUCAGAUUCAGAUCGCUUCUGUUUGGUUUACCCAUUCCUUCAUAAUGGAUCAUUAUUCCACAGCCUUCAUGAGGAAGUCGUGAAGCCUCUAUCAUGGCAGGAAAGGCUGAACAUUAUCAAAGGCACGGCGAAGGCAGUCCAUCAUCUACACACUUCACAACCGUGCACUGUUAUAUGUGGAAACAUUACGAGUUCAAACAUACUCCUGGAUGAAAACCUGCAGCCUAAAUUGUCCGAUUUUGGAUUAGCUCGCCUGAGGCCACACUCUGUUGACCAGAGCUGCACCAUCGUAAUGGAUACUGCUCUCCAUAGCAAUCUAGGCUAUCUUCCAGAGGAGUACAUGCGAGAUGGAAAGCUGUCGGUCAAACUUGACGUUUACAGUCUUGGCGUGGUUAUAUUGGAGACAUGUACAGGGCAGAAGGUUAAACAAGAGUCAGCGAAAAACUUGUUUUUGAGAGAUGUGCUACAUUCAGAGGUUGAAGAAAAAGGCUGUGUGGAUGCCUGUCUGCGGUUUUUAGAUCCUAAAGUUGAGCACUGGCCUAAUGCUGUGGCUCUUUGUCUGCUGCGACUUGGACUUGAGUGCACAGGCAGCAAAAUGCGAGUCAGGCCAAACAUGGAAAUGGUGCUUCAAAGACUAAUCUCACUUCUUCCCUCGCCUGCACCAUCCGAGGACCAACCACACACUCUAGAUGACACCAUGCCUCCUGAGCGGCCAUGCAAAAGCUUCCCCAUUGAAGACGAUGAAAUGCACAGUCAGCUAGAGGAACUGCAAGCUCCCAAACUGGCAGAUCCGUGCGAGUGCAGCCAGUCUCAAGUCACUUUCUUGAGUAACGAAGAUCGCAGCUUGCAUAGAGCUUUUCAUCAGGAAAGUGACCGAGAUGUUUCAACAUCAGAAAGUGUGCAUUCAGACUCUGCAGCAUCUCUGGAUUUGUAUGGCAGUUGGCCGGUGGAGUGCAGCUGUAGCACUGAAACCGAAGUGCAGGGUUGUGCCGACUGCUGCGCUAAUGGAUUCAGUCAGUCGGUUUUAUAUGUCACUAUAGAUGAUGAUGAUGAUGAUGAUGAUGAUGAUGAUGAUACCUUGCCUACUCAGAGUGAUGCCAGGAAUCCGGCAAAAGAGAAAAUGAAGAAUAAAAUUCACCUGUACAAUCAGGGAUUAAUAAAAACUGAAGAACUUCUUUCACUUCAGUCAGAGUGAUUCACCUGGAUCAGAUGGAUAUUUAUAAAGAAAUGAACUUUGGGAUUUUAAAUAUUGGAGCAGUUUUAUUUAGUUCAAUUUUGUUGUUGUUGCUGUUUGUCCUGUUUUAAAAUAUCUGACAUGUAUCUGCUUUUAAAGUAAAGCUGUUAUUAAAAUAAAACCUGAUGUAUAAAACAGAAAUGUAAGCUCACUUUACUAAGAGGUUAAAUUUAAUGUAAUCUAACUAUGUUUACCAUGAACUGUAAUGUAAUGUGUAAUUAUAUAGUGCAUUUAUCGCUCAAAGUGCUUCACAAUCAUAAGGGUGGGGUGGGGGGGGCGAGUGGGGUCUCUUCACACCACCACUAGUGUGCAGCACCCACUUGGAAAAUGCAAUGGCAGCCACAGGACAACGGCGCCAGUGCACUCACCACACAUCAGCUAUAGGUGGAGAGUGACUUUAUGGAUGUAGCUAUAGGGAACUAACAAUGAUGAAUAUGUUUACAGCAUGUAUGGUCUGUAUUAUGGUCUGUAUUAACUAAUUGUAAGUAUUCUAUAUGGAAAUUCUAUAUGGAAGAUGAAGAAUAAAAUUCACCUGUACAAUCGGGUUAAUAAAAACUGAAGAACUUCUUUCACUUCAGUCAAAAUGAUUCACCUGGAUCGGUUGUAUAUCUUUAUAAAUUAAUCUUUUGGGUUUUAUUCUUUGGGUUUAAUCAGGCGUAGGAAAUAUGGGAGCAUUGCUUCAUUUCAAUGUUUUUGUGUGUGUGUUGUGUUUACAAAUGUUUGAUAUUUAUUUGAUUUAGUUAAAAAGUAGUGAUCUAACAACUGUUUUUGAAAGAAAAAUGGGAUGUGGGAAUGUUAAUAAACUGAGAUAUAACACUUAACAA